UUCUAAUAAACUGCCUGUAUAUCAAGGGCUUAUUACACUAUAACAAUAUAUUUUACACACUACUGACCACCUGUGAAGGCCACAAAUCUUUGAUUGAUAUCAUUUAUUUUGGUCCUCUUAUUCACCUCUUAUUGUUUCAAUGGAGAGGUAUGUUGAAGGAGCCAAGUCCUCUGUGUCAAAGGUCUGGUCAUAUUUAACAUUCAUCAGUGACAAAAAGGCAAAGUUGACAGGCCAGUCAUCUGAUGGCAGAGAGAUAGCUCUUCUGACUUAUGUACAGCAAAAUGCAGAGAAAGGAAAUGCAGAAUCUGUGCUAUCUGCCAUUGAUGAUUUCAGUCAUCAUACCUGGCUGAUGACUGUAGGCAAAGAGAAGGGCUCCAUUCUUGAAUCUGCAGUCCAAAAGUUUCAACCCAGAUUGGCCUUAGAGCUUGGAACAUACUGUGGCUAUUCAGCCAUUAAAAUUGCUCUAAAGAUGACAAAGCCAGGUAGCAAGCUGGUUUCUGUAGAAAUGAAUCCACUUAACAGUGAGGUUGCCACAGCAAUAAUAGAUCAUGCAGGGCUGUCCUCCAAGGUGGAGGUAUUGGAAGGGACAUUGACUGAUGUUUGUGAUGAAUUGGGGGAGAUUUUGGAUGAAAUGGGAGCCAUUCAUUUUGAUUUCAUAUUUCUAGACCACUUCAAGCACUGUUAUUUACCAGACUUCCUGAUGCUCAAGGAGAAAGGUAUGCUUGGCAAAGGAACAGGCAUUGUAGCAGACAGCAUUGGAUUUCUUGGAGCCUCUAAUUACCUCAAAUAUAUCAGAGAACAUGGCGAGGAGAUGGAAACUGAAGAGGUUAUGUCUUCUGUGGAGUUUAUGAGCUGGUUGCCCUGCACAAUGACAGUAUCUACUUAUAAGGCUGAUUUGCAUAAGUUUCUUACCGAAUAAUGCCAUAGCUCUUUGAUAGAACAUACUUUGGUCACCAAAUUUGGUAUAUAUUUAUGUCAAAACGAUUGGACAGGCAUAUUUUCAUAUUGGGUUGAUUGCCUUUAGGGUUUUUCUUUGACUUGAUACACCCAUGGUAGGAAUUAGCAAGCCAAUGCAUCUGGUCUUGAGAUUGUAUUAGGGCAUGGAACAGACUAGAGAUUCUUCCAUUUUAGCUACAAUCUAUAUGUUUGUAUAUAUAUUCAAAAUAAGAACAGUUGAAAGGGAAAUCAUACAGUUUUGGAAA